AUGUCGGGACAUGCUCCUAUUGAUUAUCAACAACUCAGCAACAGCCUCCAAACCUUUUUUCAAGAACAUCCACAGGUCAAUGAUGUUAUCGGGGCCGAAGCCUAUGCACUUCUCCAACAGUGUCAACAUGGUCUUGCUCAGUAUGCAACGGAUUUACAAGAGAUAGAAGCGGAGGCUGAGAGGGCGAGAAGAAUGUUUGAACGAGAUCUUGCUGCUGCCCAGGCUGUUGCCCCUGAGGGAGCACCUGUCGAGGACAAUGCUCCACCUGCACCCCCAGUACCACUUACUACAGAUGCUACCUAUCGGUCAGAAAAGCUUCCGGAUCCUGAGGUGUUCAGGGGAGAUCGCGAUCGAGAAAGAUUACACCUAUUCAAGCAACAGAUGAAAAUUAAACUAUUGGGAAAUGCCGAUCGCUAUCCCACCCUACAGUCGAAAUUAUCCUAUGCGUUCAGUAGAUUGGAAGGUGUUGCUGCCAAUCAGUUCUUACAGUAUGUUGGGGAAGGAAGUAUUACCUUGCCCUCUAUGGUACGGUUUUAUGAGGUUUUGGACACUGCUUUUGGGGACCCCGAUCGGAUGCGCACGGCUAGGAGGAACCUCCGGAACAUUCGUCAACGAAAUCGAACGUUCGCCGAUUAUUUUGCUGAGUUCCAACGAUAUGCUGCUGAGUCGGGUAUGGAUGAAGCCUCUCGAAUCGAGGCUUUGAUGGAAGGUAUUAAUGGGGAACUCGAUGAAUCAAUGAUACACCAUGACACUCCUGCGACGGUAGAUGCCUGUGCGACACUCUUACAACGGUUGGAUAAUCGUCGUCAUGCGGCGGAGGCUAAACGAGGAAAUAAAAAGCCUUGGAAUGUUACUACUACCCCGGCCCCUCGUCCCCCACCAGUAAAUCCUGUUCCUGCUCCCCGUGCUGCCGCCCCAGCCGCUAAUGUACCUGCUACGGAAAUUCAUCCCUCGUCCCGCCCGGGAGGUGUUGUACCAAUGGAUCUGUCUGGAGGACGUCGUCGCCCCUCCCCUGCCGAAAGAAAUGCCCGCUUAGUUGAGGGCCGAUGUUUCUAUUGCGGAGGUGUUGGGCAUAUGGUUAGGGAUUGUCCCCAAGCGAGGGCAAGUGGAAAUCAACCAAGAAGACCUGUGAUGAGGGGAGCAGCAUUGACGGUGGAGGAAAAUGAUGGAAGCGAUAAUGAGUCGGCAAAAGAUUUGUCCCUGCACUAA